AGCAGGGCAUGCUGGCUGGCUUGCUUGCUGUACUGUGGUUCGUGAAUAUAAAUGCCCAUUUCAUUUCGUUAGCAUGCUUGUUGCUGAUGUAUAAUUAGAUCAUCAUGACAAAGUCAUAUUUUUUCAGCAUUGAGCUUUCUCGUCCAAUAUAUGUAUCUUGAAAAUGAUGAAGGCUCUACUGCGUGAAAGGUCAUUUUAGUGGUUUUCACGUGAACAGACUGGCAUUUUGCGUACAUAGUUCAUCAAUGUAUCGGCUGAAUUUAGCUUUGGACACCGACUGCAGAGGAGUGUAUCCUUGUAACGAUGUGCGAUGUUUGUUGGAGUUCGACUGAAUAUACAUGUACAUGUAGAACAAAGUAUAUUCGCUGACGGUAAUUGAUAUUCAGUUUCAUGCAUCGACCACCAAUAUGAUCGGACCGGAGUAUAUAGAUCCAUCAGUUACCGAGGCAACGGCAAACUCCCGAGGUGGGCUGGAGGAAUUCAAUCCUUUUGAAGACUCAAACAGACAGGCAAGUAAUGGUUCGAAAACAACACCAGUAGCUGCCCCGUUACCAGUUAAACCCCAGCAACAGCCUGCCGUGAUGGCACCAACAUCAGAGUUACCACCAUCAUACACACAGUCAGCAGCUCAACCGGCUGUUAGUGAAGGAGCAGCAGAAUUACAAAAGAGACAGGAAGAGCUAGAAAGGAAGGCUGCGGAACUUUCAAGAAGAGAACAACAAAUGAGAAGUGCACAAUAUAACACACGAGAAAACAAUUGGCCACCGCUUCCCAAAUGGUUUCCUCUCCAGCCCUGUUUCUAUCAAGAUUUUGCUGUUGAUAUCCCCUUGGAAUUCCAGAGGACAGUCAAAAUGGGAUACUAUCUUUGGAUUGUAUAUUCGCUGUUAUUGUUCAUAAACCUGUGGAUCGUCCUUGCCUACUUCGCUGUUUUCAAAGGAGGAAACGCCGGGCUCUGUUUUGGAUUAGCCAUUCUCUUUCUGGUCCUCAAUGUUCCAUGUUCCUUCAUCUGUUGGUACCGAGCCUUAUACAAAGCUUUCAGGAGUGACAGCUCCUUCAACUUCUUUCUCUUUUUCUUCAUAUUUUUCUUCCAAUUUAUUGUUACUGUUGUGCAAGCGAUAGGCAUUGAUCAGUUUGGAACAGUGGGCUGGGUUAAUGGGUUGCAGUCAAUGGGCAAAGCUGAAAAUGUUUCUGGAAAGGCCAUCGCCGGAUGUAUGUUAAUAGUUGCAGCUCUUUUCACCACAAUGGCCGUCCUAGAUGUCAUCUAUCUGCAAAAGGUCCAUGCACUGUACAGAGGUACAGGCGCCAGCUUCUCAAAAGCCCAGGAAGAGUUUGCGAGGGGCGUCGUCACCAACCCUGGUGUACAGACUGCGACAAGGGAAGCCGCGGCCAGCGCUGUGAGCGGCGCCACCACAUCCAUGUUCAGCUCCGGUGGAGGAGCGGGAAACAACAGAAUGUGAGCCGGAGACAUUUGACAGGAGAAUGGACGUUUGUAUAUUCGGCUCUACCUGGAGUCAGUUUAGUUUUGAUGAAUAGAGAUUACCUAGAACCAGGGGUUGAUGACGACCACAAGAGAAUCGUGUUUCCUGAUGAAGGCUGUGGAGUAACAUCAUGGAAGAAUGAUAAGCUACAGUAUGUCAAUUUUUUUUUCAUAAAACGACUAAUCUACUUCUCUUCUUUGUCAAACUCUUGCAAUAUCAGUUAGAAAAAUAUGAUUAAUAUUAUUAAUGACAGUCUAUUCAGCAAGUUGUGAAACAAACAUGGUAUGAUUGCACUUUAUUUUCAUGAUUGAAAAUUCCUGGAAAGACACAUUUUGUAUCUAUAUCUAUAUUUAUCUCACCAUUAUGUGUUUGUCAUUAUAAUAAAUUCAUGUCUUUAUGUGUCAAAGGUCUCAUUGCCUUUAUUUUCAGUGUUAAAAUGCAAUGAAUUUCUGAUGAAAAGAAUGGAGGGGACCACCAAUAUGAAUUCCAUGUACCUCUGAUGGUAUGGUGAAAUAAUAUUAUUGAAUUGAUUAAUGCCAAGAUAAAGGCUCAUAUCUGGAGAACCUCAUUGAAACCAAUCUUUCAUUACAUAUGCAAUCGAGUUGACAACAGACUUGGAAAAGCUAACGAAUGAAGACUGAAUUAAGGGUCUUGAUUGAUUUAAUGAUAUGGUAUCAUUGAUAGAAUUUAAAUUGUGUAUUUUCUAUUCAAAAUUGGUUGGUUUGCCUGAUUGUUAAGAUAGGACUGUAAAGAGAGACUGGAUUACAAGGAUUAGAGUGGAUAGGUCAUGUGGUUUGUGGCAUGGGUAUUUUCAGUUUGUUGCGUAUGAUUAUAUUCAAAUGGAUAGAUAAAGAACAAGGAUUAUGAAUGUAUCGGAAUGAAUGAUAAAUUAAUGACUCAACAGUGCUAUUCUUGAAAUGCUACUGUGGUUCCCAUAUAAAAUGCUCCAUUCUAUAUGGGGUGAGGGGCAUUUAAAAAGAUUUCAGUCAGAGAUGCUAAGUUAAAACAACUUUGUGUGAGAUUUUCAUGACUCGGCAUCAUGGCAUAUGCAUGCGCUGGGUAGAGAACCAAUCAAGUAGAGUGAUGGUGUUGGAGGGUGAGUACUACCAUACCCUGACCUCUCUCUAUGGCAACCUAGCUCACUGUACCCCAAAGUUUCAUCUGUGAUCAUGUGAUAUCUGCAUGUAUAAUAUUGUUUAAAAAAAAAUAAGUGAAAAAGACGCCUGUUUGAAGGAUUCGAGAUGAUUUAUGAUAUUGUGAUACAACUUUGCAAUUGGUAAAUACUUCACAAGAUGGUAGUUAACUGCAGUCAUUAAUAUUUGUGAUCUCUAAUAUAAACAAUACCAUGAUCUUUGUCAGGUUUCAAUAUAUAUAUUUUUAGAUAUAUGACUUUGUGAAAACAUUUCAUUCCAUAUGUUAAGUUAUGUUAAGUGAUGACAUCCAAAAUGUGAACCCUUCUGUGAUAUUUUUGUAUUUCUAUAAUGCUAUAUUUAUAAAUGUGACCAAGUUUUGAAAGUCUUUGAAAAAAAAAUGGAGGAUAUUUCAUGGCUUACGAUGAAGUUUUUCCAUAUAAAGUAAUAUUGACCUCUUGAAAUUUAAUAAAUUGAUGAAGGGAUAUUUAAAAUAGAUGUAUGUCUGCUGUAAAUUAGGUGUUGGCUGCUGUCAAACAGAUCAGUUCAUUACAAGUUUUCCUUGUUUAAUGGACAAUUUCAUUUGUAUCCUUCCAAGACAAUUAUAUUUGAUGUAUUUGCAUAUGAUUUGCAAUGUAUCUCCCCUUGAAUUCAUUCUUAGAAUUUCUCAUUAUAGUGAAUAAGACAAUAGCUUGGAGCUUAUCAGAAGUAGAAGAUUUGAUAUGAAAUGUAUGUGUAUAACACUUUCAAUUUGUUCUCAGUGAGAUGUUUUAUAUUCAAUAUUUUUGUCAAAAGAUUAUUUACACAUGUAAGUUGUGUAUUAUGAUAGUGAUCAAUACUAGAUAUCUGUCUUUACAUAUGUGGAAUAUGACACAACUGAUAUAAAAGUAUAAAAGUGAAUUGUAGAAAGUUUAGUAAUACAUGCCCUUGAGGUAUAGAGGAAUGGCCAAUCAUUAGUAAUUACAAUUUCUGCAAUCACAUCGUAACUUAUAGAUGCCCAAGCCAGGAGAUAAUCUUGUGAAGAUUGUGACAUGAAGUAUUCUUUAACUUGCUAUGAAUUGAACUGGAGAGGGAGUCCUUUCAGUUGCAAAACGGCAAGUAUUGUGUCUUUCCAGUAUUUUAUACUGUUAUGGAAAUAUUGCUGGGUUAUGAAAAAUACCUUUCCCCACAAACAUCAAAUUAUACACAUUUUAACUGUAAAAAGGAUGAAAAACCCACCUUUCUAGCAAAGAAUACCCUUUUCAUAAUCAAUUCUGUUUAUGAGUUUGGUAGUCCUGUAGUGACUUCCUUUGCUUUUUUUGUCACAGUGCUUUAAUCAGAAAUAAUUUUUUCAUGAUAUUCCAUCCUAAGCUGUAUGCAUUAUGGGCAGAAUAUGUUAUUCUCUCUUUCUGUACUCAAAUAAUUAUUUGUAUUCCAUAGGUUUUCAUGGAGGUAACCCAAAUGAUUGAUGAUAUAGUUGGUACAAAAAAUGUUGAAACGGCUGUUGUCGACUCGCCGUACGGCCGCCGUAGAGCAAAUGUGACCAUGGUAUUACAUUUCAACAUGGUUUUAAACUCAUGUUUAGGAGAUCAAGUCGAUGAAAAAUGUAUAUAUCCUAUCAAUGCUAGGCAUUCCCCCACAAAGUUAUAUUGGUUGUCUUUUUGAACUGCCACAAAUAUAUAUAUGAACCUUCAAUAAAAGAAAAGAAGUCAUGAAUAACUUUCUUUAUUGAUGGAAGAGUUUUUUUACAAUACUCUCCCAGACACUUGACCUAUAAAACGGAAACUUUACUAUUUGCAGAUAUAUUUUAUGAAUAUUUUUAUUUUGUCUACUAGUAUUAGUAUGCUAUCCUUUGUCAAUUCUCCGUCAUGGUUUACAUUUUGUAGAUAUAUUUCCAUAGAUAUUUUUGUUGUUGAUAGUAGAUACACACAAAAAAAAAGCAAUUUAUAGUACUAUUGUAUAAAAAAAAUACUGCAAUUGAUAGGAAAAUGCAUUUUCAGUAAACUAGUUGUGUAUUUGUGUUUGAUCCCUUGUUAUAGCAAUUAUGUAGAUAGUGUAGGUAAUUUUUUAAUGAAUAUAGAUUGUGAUAUUGAUCAAAACUGCAUUGUGAUUCUUGUAGCAUAAAAGUUCAAUAGGAAGUAUGCUGUACCGUAGUAGGCACGCAAGUCAGUUUUGGUACUUUUAAAAAUUGAUUCACCUCCACAUAUUUGAUAUUCCUUAUCUUAGUUGAAACUUCUCAUUUAUAGCAUAGGCUCUUGACAAGUUUAAUUCAGUGUUGAUAUAGAUUGGCUUGUAAUUUGUAGAUAGGUCAUAUCUAUGUGAAAUUGGUGUAAUUGAAAGGGCAAUGCAAAUGGGCUGUUUUCAAAUUAUUUGACUUCAAAUUGGUUAAUCUUAUCUAAUGCAUAUUUUGAAUUCAAAAGCCCUCUUAAGAUUGCAGGAAAUGUGUUUGUUCAAUGCAUGAUUAUUAUGGCAUGGUUUUGUUAUUUUACCAGACAUGAUUUUUUUUUCACGAAUUCCAUAAUUUCAGUAUGAAAUGUCCUGAAAUAGCAAGGUUUCAUUAAUUAGACAAUGGCUUGUAUUCAUUCAUGGGAAUGACAUUCAAAUUCAGUUGUAUAAUGAGGUUCACGCAAAGAACCAUUAAAAAAGAAAAUCAAGUUAUCAUUUCCGAUGGGUUCCACAUCCACCUGUGUUAAUCAUGUUUGUUUGCUAUGCUUUCAUACAUUGAGGGCUCUAUUGAAAGUGAUUCGAAAGUACAUUUCCUCAUGGUAUCUUCAAAUUUGAGAUUUUUUUUCAAAAAAAUGUUCCUACCUGAGUAGUCUUCUGAUAUUUAUGAAUCAAUUUUUAUCAAAAGCGGAUUUUGAACCUUUUGGAGGUGAUCUCUUUAGAUGGAAUUUUUUCAAUGAGAUGACAAUGAUUCCCUCUUGCAGCUCAAAAAGCUCUACUGGGUUUUGAUUGUCUGACAGAUAACAAUUGGUUGUAAAUAUGUUUCUUUAUAAAACUAUUCAGCACUCCUUUAAUAGCUGUCUAGGAAAUCUUUAUAUUGGUAGCAAUGUAGUAUUGAGCACAAAGUUAUUAUAUAAGAGCCAUGUAUACUCAAAUCUGCCUAAUUAAAUGUUUUUGAAAUCAUCAGGACUUGAUUCAGAACAUUUUGAUGCAUAUCCCUUAAUUAUUUCAUCUGUGAUACAGCUGGGGGUUUCAGCUACAUGAAUGUGAAAUGAAUGUUUCUAUGGAAAUAUCUUACAGGGGAAAACUAAAGCAUUACUAUGUAUAUGAUGUAAUCAGAAUGAUUUAUAUAUGUAUGAUAACUCCUUUAUGAUGGAAGACUAUGGUUGAAUGAAAUUAUUUGGUUUGUAUAGUAACAUAUGCAUAAAUACAGAGGGGAAACAUUUCAUACAUAAUUGAUGUCAAUGUCUUGUUUAACUUUAUUUAAAUUGUAUUCUUGACUUGUUUCCCAUUAAAGACUUGCAUAGACCUAUCUGA